UCAUUUAAAACUGUAUAAAAAAAAACCAUUUCUCACCAGUCCAAUUGAUCCAGAAAAGCAAAAUAACACAUUCGAAUUUCUCAAAACCCUCAAAACCCAAAUGGCCAAAGAAGGUUUAGGGCUUGAAAUUACAGAGCUGAGGUUGGGAUUAUGUAGUGGUCCAAGUUUAGUGGACAAAAACGAGAAGAAAAGGGCGUUUUCAAAGAUUGACGGUGGAGAUGGCAGGUAUAGUACCACAGCUGGUGACUACCCGAAAAAUGGUCAGACAAAGAAUGAGGUUGUGGGGUGGCCUCCAGUGUGUUCAUACAGAAUGAAGAUUAAUAGCUUGAAUGAGACGACAAAAAUGUAUGUCAAAGUUAGCAUGGAUGGAGCACCUUUUCUUCGUAAAAUUGACUUGAGCAUGCACAACGAGUAUGCAGAUCUUGCUCUGGCGUUGGAGAAGUUAUUUGGUUAUUAUGGCAUCGGCGAGGUGUUGAAGAAUGCAGACAACUGUGAAUUUGCACCCAUUUAUGAAGACAAAGAUGGAGACUGGAUGCUAGUGGGAGAUGUUCCUUGGGAGAUGUUUGUUGAGUCAUGCAAGAGGCUGAGGAUCAUGAAGAGAUCGGAAGCCAAGGGAUUUGGACUGCAGCACAAGGAGGGCUUCCGUAAAGCAACAAUGGAAGAGGAGCCAUAAAUAAUCACUUCAGAAGGAAAUAUCGAAAUGAAGAUCAAUAUAUGACUGCAUAUUUGACUUUGUCUCAUCAUAUGUACGCAUUUUUUCAUAUAAUGAUUAUUAAUUGCUGGCUUUAAGCAGAUAAUUAUUGUUUUAAUCGCAAAUUAAAGGUGAAACUUUGAUAUUGUUAAAUUGUUAAGAAUAUAGGAACCCUAGGAAUUAAGGGGAUAUAAUUUUCCUUCAUUAUCGUCAUUAUUUUGCUUCA